GAGCCGCAUAUGACUUGACCAGGGGGUGCGCAGCUAAAGCUCUUCACGUACUCAUAUAUCCCUUGCUUUCAGCGAUCGGCGUAUUCUAGCCUUUUUGAGGACGGAAGCGUGGUGGCGAGGAUGGAGGAUCCAGCAGAGAUUGCUGCCAUAGCGCAGGAAUUCAUAUCAGGGCUGGACAAUCUGCCUCAAGAGGUUGGGCAUAUGAUUAAGGAAAUAGAGCAUAAGGAGUCUAAAGUACAAGACUUAUUACCUCGCAUCGCGAAUCGACAAUCGCAACUCAGAGAUUUGCUCAGUAAAGGCGGCACAGGGUUGACCAAUCCGGGGGCUAUUCUUCCUGAAGCGGACCGUAUCAAGAUGGACAAGCUGUUGGAGAAGAUCAAAGGGGACUUCGAUCGGGCUGAAGAGCUAAGCCAACAGAAGGCUACUCUUUCUCUACAGUUAUGGAGAGAGGUACAUCGACAUUCCACCAGGCUCAAGGACGAAAUGACCAAAAUUGCACCUCACGUGCUUGAAUCCUUCUCAGCGAAUGACGUUAUGCCCCCGAUGCCAUCACUGACGGGGCUUCCAGCUUCAUUGGCGGGUCUCAAAGCACACGCGGAUGGCGAUCCUGCGCUCAAACGCAAGGCGAGCGUGAUGAUGACAGGCGCAAAUUCACCUGUGACUUUUGGAGCCCGGGCAUCCAGCGGCACCGCCACCCCCAAAGGAUGGCGUCAGGGCACUCCAGAUGCUCUAUCAGGAUCGCUACAAGGCGCUCGUGGAACAUCUCCUUCCAUCAAAAAUACCGCGCGCAAAUCGAUGCCCAAACCAGGCCCUCCCAGGCCGAGCUCUAGUCUCGCACGCGGACCCAGCCUUGAGCGCGAUAUGAUCGAUCUCGACGCAGAUGGCGAGCUUGAGAUCGAGGCUCUUCCUGAUCCGGAAGAGAUUCUAGAGACAGGAGUGCAGGAGAAGGACGAGACGCCGUACUGCUUUUGCCAGAGGGUCUCUUUCGGAGAGAUGAUUGGCUGUGAUGGGGCAGAUUGCAGGUACGAAUGGUUCCACAUUGGUUGCGUUGGUGUGUCGAAGCCGCUUCCACCGACAUGGUAUUGUGAUGAUUGCAAAGAGCGUCUGAAUGCAACCCAGCAAAAGAAGAAAAAGAAGUAAUUUUCGCAGCAUGCAGUGGA